AUCGACAAUAACAAAGAGCGAGAGAAGAAGCUGAGCCGCUGGUUCGAAGAAGAAUCGCCAAGUAAUGGCCGACAAAGGGAGAAGACUUCUCUCCAAAUAAUCAACCUGUAGGUCAAGUGACAUCUCAACUGGAAAAUCUCAAAGUGUGCAGAUUAUUUGGUAGUACUUGAAGAUACAUACAAUAGAAAAGAAUGACAGAAAGAUUGGCAAAGCUGUGUGGCAUUUGUGGCAAUACUGGGUUCGAUGAUGGCGGUGAUGGAUACUUUUAUUGCACCAGCUGUAACUCUCAAGCAGAUGAUAUGAUGGAUACUGGGGUUGAUGAGGCCGACUUAAUGAACCCAGCUGAUGGUGGGAUCUAUUCUGUCACUCAAUCCCGUGCUCGUCCUAGACAGGACAUUUUAGGCGAACCAAUGUCUCAAUGCAAAGAUUCGCAGUCCCAAUAUCUAGAAAGCUUGAAAACCAUUGAUGGCUGUGAUAUUGAUGGUAAUAUGGACAAUGGCUUUGGGACAACUGAGCCAAUGGACAUUGCUUCAUUGCAUGAUGAUUUCACUUCUCCCGAUUACUAUUAUUCAGCAAUCAGAAAAAAGUAUAUUAUGGGAGUUCAGAUCAUGAUCCAGUUACAGUGUAAGGCGUUGGUCGAGAGAUUUAACGUCAGCCCUUUAGUUAUUGGGCUCAUUGGACCUAUUUGGUUGAGAUACGUUGCUCGCGAAGGGGUAAUGGCUGAUGACUGGGCCGACAUGGUAAUUAAUGAAUCAGAAUCCCAAGCUGAGGAAAUUGGCCAAUUUAAGAUUCGCGCUAGGAGUAAAGGCGAACCCCACAACCUUCUUGGUAAACGGUUGAUACCAAUAUGGUAUAAAUCUUUGAGAAAUAAGAUCCCGCUAUCUUGUUCUCUUGCCAUAUCAUUUCUUGUUUGUCAUGUGGCCAGAGAAGCAAUCCUGCCAACAGAUAUCGUGAAGUGGGCGCUUGAAGGAAAACUUCCAUAUUUUGCUGCUUUUAUGGAAAUUGAAAAGCAACUUGGACCUUCUUCAAGGGCGUGUCCUAUUAGUGCCAGUCAGAUGUUCCGACCUACUCAAGCUGUCUUGACACAAAAGUUAGAGUCAUUUGCUGCUUCAAUUGCCCGAAGAAUAGGUUUGAAACUGCCACCAGUGAAUUUCUAUGCCAUAGCUUUCCGUUAUCUUAAAGAGAUGUCUCUUCCCGUCGAAAAAAUUCUUCGUCAGGCCUGCCGUGUACAUGGUUGGUCUAUGCCUCCAGAGCUUUACUUGUCAGAUAAUGAACUCAGUCUUCCAUCUCGUGUUUCUGUUAUGUCCAUAGUGAUUGUAACAAUAAGGAUCAUGUAUGACAUAAAUGGUGGGAAAUGGGAAACCAUGUUGUCACCCAAUGAUCAAUCUAUGGAUAAAAAGAAUGGUGUAGGUGAUGAGGAAGACAAUUUUGAUGGGUUCAAGUUGCUUCAAAUUCUUGAAGAAAAAUAUUCAGAGCAUAAGGAUAUACCCGAUUUUGCACAAGAUUUGCCAUCUUAUCUUCAAUACUGUAAAGAUGUGGUUUUUGCCGGAUUAAAUUCAUCAUUUGAGGACCGCGAAGAAGAAAAUCUGAUAGAGGAGCUGUGGGACCUUUAUCAAACAAAUAAGUUUACAUUAGGAAGCUGAGCCAUUAGACGGGCUUAGAAAGAGUGAGGAAUCUCAAGUGGGCGGACGCGAUUCCAGCACAACAGACAACCGGGCGAACUGUCCAGCGGAUGAAGGCCAACAUUCUGAAGAGUCGUACAAGGACAAGGCGAUACGACAAUUGAAAUCAAACAUGGAAGAAAACCGGUUUUGCUAUGUUCCACCUAGUAAAGAAACCAUGAAGAAGAACCAUGGCUACAUCCGAUAUGCUCGAAAGAAAGAUGGGGCCUACGUGUACGCGGUCCAUGCGGAUUACUAUAUCAUACUUCGCUUGUGUGCACGGAUCGCCCGUGUGGAUGUUAGGACUUUGCAUAUGGGAGUAUUGAACUUCCAAAAGAGGUUGGAACAGAUAGAGAACCGAAUCGAUUUUUGCUUGCGCUGGAGACUUCCUGAUGAUUUGUGCGAUUUUUGCGGCGAGGGGCAUCAAGAGGUAGAUCAAGAUCUUGAUUCUUAGUGGUAGAAUAUAAAAACCUUUCCUGUGGUUGUGGCUAGUGUUGUAAACAAACGAAUUGAAUCUAAUAUUAUGAAGUUUAUUCGUAUUUGAAAAAUAAUAUCAUUAUUCAUAUUUGCUUUUAUUCGAAUAAUUAUUACAAUUAGUG